GAAAGUAAUACCUAUAAUGAUUUUAAAGGGUUUUCCUAAGAUGAAAGUGUGAAAAUUGCAGAACCCGAGAGAGUUAAGAGAAAAUGAAAUAUGUGCCCCAAGUGUAUAUUUUCAAUGGGCCUCUCAAGUUUUUUGCCUUCACAUGAUAUUUAUGCGCAUAUGCACAUAAACUAGAAUUUAUAGGUGAACUGGUCUAUUCUGGCGUACAUGGCAUUUGAAAUAUGCAAAUUCGAAAAUACACGCGCUGCUGCAUUAACCUCAUUUUGAACCCAAAAUGUUGUGCAAUAAACGUCAUUCACUUGCGUAAUUCCCUCCCUCAGUUCACAUAUUUCAUCCACAGUCAGAGACAGGAAAAUAAUAUAGGGACGAGAACGAGUCUAACAUUACACGAACGUUUGAUUGGGUGGUGCUUCAGACACGAAUCUGUUUGGCUCAAAAAGCGGACCAAGUUAAUACGCGAGGACCGUUUAUUUUUUUCUCCUUAACAGAGAAGGGUUUAGGGCAGGUAUUGUUUAAAACCAAUAAUUAUCUACGUUUCACAUUCAUGCAGCGGUAAAAAUAGUUUCAUACAGUGACAGGUGGAAUGUUGUACUCCACUCAGAUUCGCCUCGCUGAAUAGAAUCAUUCAUGUGUUACCUCAUGAAAUUAUUCUUACUAUUGCACUCUUCAACAUGCAUCCUUUAUUUGUAAAAUAUAAAAUGGUACAUGUGGCGUUCCAUAACGAAACCAUUGAAGCGUAGAUUUUUUUUUUCAUCGAGCUAGUCAACGAGUUGUCAUUGCCGUGUUUGCCAAUCAAGUGGUUCAUGUCAGCAUAGGUGCAGGUAUUGAAACCUGAAGCUUUUCAUCUCUGAAUAGGACACUCGAUCGGGUGGUCACCGCAAAGGCUUGGUGAACGAAGACCUUGAGUCACACAAGCGUACUCCUAUCUGUGAGUAUUCGGAGGUCGGUCUGUUACAGGUUGGAGAGAACACUAUUAAGCAAACGUACACUUCACGCUAUGCAGAAAUGAGGACAAAAUGAUUCACUAUAUCCUUGUCAUAGCUUCGAGUCUUUCCCGAUAGUUUUCUUCGAUUUUGCCCUUGAACUGGUGUCUGUUUCUGCGAUCGGGACCCGUCCAGUUUCCCACGAUGAGAGAAAGGCAGCCAGAGAAGAUAGAGCUUUUACGGGCCGAGCUAUCGCCGUCGGCUACCAGGGAACGCGCCGCGGACACGGCGCAGGACGACAGCCAGCAACUACCAGCGCAUCGAAAGCUGCGAGUUCCAGUCGUUGUGUUCAUAAUCAUAGGCAAGGUGAUAGGUGGAGGCCUUGUCUGGUUCCCCAAAGCCUUGAGCAAUACUGGUUGGGUGGGUUUCCUCGUCAUGCUGAUCGCCCUGGCAACGUCCACCUGCACCGGGGUGUUUCUGGCGCGAUCCUGGCUGGUCCUCAUGAAUUGGUUUCCCGCCAAGUAUCGGGACGAGAUAAACAGAUUCCCCUACCCGUCAAUUGGCUACGAAACUUUUGGGGUCGUUGGAAGGCGGGUAACCUCUAUCCUGGUGGGGAUGUACGCGUUUGGCUUCACUGUGGCGCUCUAUCUGGUAGCCGCGGACAGCCUGUCGCUCUUCUUUCACCUUCUCGAUGUACGGCUCUCGCCAUGUGUUUGGAUACCCGUCGUUAUUGCCGGUGCGGCACCCCUGCUGUGGUUUGGAACUCCAAAGGACAUGGUUGGCAUUGGUAUUGCCAUGGGAUUAGCAACGGUCAUAAGCGCCCUGGGGCUCGUGGUAGGCUCGCUCUUGGACAUCGGGGAGAACCCCGAUCUGGACCCCGUCUCGCCCACCUUCUUCUCGAUCUCUGGGGCACUGGGACUCAUCCUGGGCGCUUUCGGGGGACAGUUUGUGUUCCCCACGCUCCAGCACGACAUGAAGUGUCCGGCGGAUAUGCAGGUGUCUGGGAUACUGGGCUAUCUUUGUGUGGGUGUGACCUAUUUUGCCAUCGGCUUAUCGGCUUUUCUCGUCUACGGGAAUCUUUACAACGUCGUCGGGGCGGAUAAUGUGCUGGCCUUGCUGUCCAACAAGCCCAUCAAGAUCAUCGUCAUCUUCUUGUUGUCGUCACAUUUGAUGGUUGCUUCCGUCUUCAUGAACAACCCCGUCUUUCAGGACCUGGAGGACUUCCUUCAUAUUCCUUACGAAAUAAGUUGGCAAAGGAUAGUGCUACGCUCUGUCUACUCGGCAUUGGUGCUCUUCGUGGCCGUUUCCUUGCCCAGUUUCCCGGUUUACUUAUCGGUCGUUGGGGGCGCCCUGUCCGCCACCGUCAAUGGAAUUCUUCCGACUGUUUUAUACUUCAGACUGUGCAGCAUGGAGCCGCCAGUCGGGGCUACACCAGAGGGGCCCUUAAGAUGGCGUCGAAUCCUCCUCAUCGCCACUGUCUUUUUGGUAUGUAUGUCGGGGGCAGUUUUGUCGACAGUCUCAGGCAUUUACAACGUUCUACAGAACAGCCACAAUAUGACUUUACCUUGCUACAUGCAACGUUAAGUGCACAUUCAGCAAAAUGCUGCUUUUAAAGACUUUGAAGGGUUUAAUUGUAAGGAGGAUCUGACGUCGGCGAGUUGACAAUCAAGCGACAACGUGCAGCAGUACUCUCCUCAAUUUUUCAAGAAUAAAUGCCAUACAAAGGUCAACAUAUAAGACAUACCACCAAAAAGUCUGUCGUUUUAAUAUUCACUGACACAAAAUUAAUGAUCAGUGGCAUCCACGUUUUAUGUCAAAUACGAACUUGUUAAGGCCGCCAAAGAACUGGUUUUCCAGUAAGUUUAGAAUGAUGUGUGCUUUUACAUGCAAAUUUAGGAUUACUAAAGUGAACAGUAACCCUCGGCGCAUUAUUCCACACCCUUGGUCUUUCUGAAAAAGUACCAAACUUUGACAUUUUGCAAAAUUUACUCGUGCUAAACUUGACAGUAAAGGCAUUACUCCUCUCAUGCCUUUGAAUAGUCAGAAUGUAACAAAAGUAGUAUUUACGCUUAUUCUUAACUUAAUUAUAGUUAAUCUAAUAUAUUAUAUUAUCUACAAUGAAUCAUGCAUCUGAAAGAUCGUGAGUACACUGACCCUUGUAUAGGGAUAAGAUAAUGCCUUCUGAAAUUUGUUAUUCUCCUUAAAGUAGAGAGUCGAAAAAUUAUUAUAACUACAUGUAAAAAAAUGAAUUAAAAAAAAACUGGAAAAGAUUGGACAAAAGACAAAAGAUUGAAGGAAACGUCCCAAAACCAACGACUUCAUGUUAACAGAUUGGAAGAAUAUAAACCAAAGUUUGGAAAAAAUAUUAAGAUAUAACAAAUCACACAUUUCAAAUUAUUCAAAAUAUGAAACUGGACUUAUAUGAAAUAUGAAACUUAUUUUUACUUUCUUUCUUUCUGUUAGAAGUUGGAGUUGUCACAUAGUCUUCAGGGAUCACGAAUGCUACGGACCUUAACACUUAGAGAGCAGAAAAUUGUUCUAAGUUGUAAUCGCUUAUCCUACCACUUUGCCAUACUGUGAAUUACUAAUUUAAGAAAUUGAUUCAUUACGUCAUCGUGGAGAACAACUGGUCUUAAAGCUUGCAAAAUCGUCACUUGUAUCUGACAGGCAUCGCAAUAUUUCUUGCCACCUCAGAGUAACUUAUAUUUCUCCCAACAUACUCACAGGAAUUCGUGCUAAUUGGAACAGUUGAAAAUAAGGACUCUCGGGUACGAAACUUCACCAAUUCUGUCAAUGAUUUGCUUAUUAAACUGAUUUAUGUUUUUAAUAGCUAUAUUUUAUUGUUUUGUUUUGUUUGUUUGUUUGUCUUUUUUUGUUUUAUGACUUUUUAUGUAAACCGAAGUGUAUAAGUCCUUGGACUUCUUCUUUGGUGGUGUUUUACAAUAAACCUGAUUUGAAGUUGAA